CUCAACUACCCCCUCUUUUUCUUCACUCUCACUCUUUCACCCAACUUACCAACCUACCGCUCAAUCCUUCCUCUUUCCUCUCUCGCUCUCUCAAAUCCCCAUCAUCUCUCUCUCAGAUCUCAAUCAAUGGCGAGGAAGAAGAUCAGGGAGUACGAUUCGAAGAGGCUCCUCAAGGAGCACCUCAAGCGCAUCGCCGGAAUCGAUCUCCAGAUCCAAUCCGCUCAGGUUACCGAGUCAACUGAUUUCACUGAAUUAGUGAACAAAGAACCAUGGUUGUCAUCUACAAAAUUGGUUGUAAAGCCAGACAUCCUAGAUCUGGCUCAGGUUUCAGAAUUUGUGAAAGAGCGUCUUGGAAAGGAGGUUGAAAUGGGUGGAUGUAAAGCCCCAAUUACUACAUUUAUUGUUGAACCUUUUGUCCCUCAUGACAACGAGUAUUAUCUGUCCAUCGUCUCUGAGAGACUUGGCUGCACCGUCAGCUUCUCAGAAUGUGGUGGGAUUGAAAUUGAGGAAAACUGGGACAAGGUUAAGACAGUAUUUUUACCCAGUGAGAAACCCAUGAGCUCCGAGGCAUGUGCUCCAUUGAUUGCAACCCUUCCCCUUGAGGUGAAAGGUAAAAUUGGGGACUUCAUUCAAGGUGUUUUUUCAGUUUUCCAAGACCUUGAUUUCACUUUCCUCGAGAUGAACCCAUUUACAUUGGUAAAUGGGGAGCCAUACCCAUUGGAUAUGCGAGGAGAACUGGAUGAUACAGCUGCAUUCAAGAACUUCAAGAAGUGGGGAGACAUAGAGUUCCCGCUUCCCUUUGGCAGAGUCUUGAGCCCAACUGAAAGCUUUAUUCAUGGACUGGAUGAAAAGACAAGUGCCUCUCUGAAGUUCACUGUCUUAAAUCCCAAAGGACGGAUAUGGACUAUGGUUGCUGGUGGUGGUGCAAGUGUCAUAUAUGCUGAUACCGUUGGAGAUUUGGGCUAUGCAUCAGAGCUGGGAAACUAUGCCGAGUAUAGUGGUGCUCCAAACGAGGAAGAGGUAUUGCAGUAUGCCAGAGUUGUAAUUGAUUAUGCGACUGCUGAUCCUGAUGGUCGUAAGAGAGCCCUUCUAAUUGGUGGAGGCAUAGCCAACUUUACUGAUGUUGCAGCCACCUUCAAUGGAAUUAUUCGGGCCCUCAGGGAGAAGGAGUCCAAGUUAAAGGCCUCAAGGAUGCACAUAUAUGUACGAAGAGGUGGUCCAAAUUAUCAGACUGGUCUGGCAAAAAUGCGUUCUCUGGGUGCUGAACUAGGCGUCCCCCUUGAGGUUUAUGGCCCUGAAGCUACAAUGACCGGAAUUUGCAAGGAAGCUAUCAAUUGUGUCAUGGCAUCUGCAUAGUUAAGCUUCCAUAUCCUCUUUCUGGUACCCAUUCUCCUUUUAAUAGAUUGCAAGAGGAAGUAAGCUGAGGAGGUUUUGUUCAGGAAUAUUAAUGAUACUUCUAAUGGCCUUUAAAUUGGUUCACUGCUAUAGACCAAAUGUCUGCCAUUCUCCGUAUACUGUGUGCUUUGUUAUUGCCAUGUAUCAAACUUUUUGUGUUGUAUUUUCUUUCCAGGAAUUAAUUUCAUAUAAUAAUGUUAUGUUCAGCCAAAUACUCGAUUCAUAGGAUAUAUGCAUUUACAUGCCUUUUUUAA